CUGUAACCAGCCGCGCCGUCAGGACACCCGCGUGCUGCAGGCACGGAGACGAUGGGCACUUGACAGACGAGUAGCCAAGUGAUGACCGUCUAGCCGGUGUCCUUGAUCCCGAGACUGCCUCAAACCACAUUAUUCAUAGGCAAGGCCAUCCAUAUAUCUCAUCAGUAUUCGAAGAGAAGUCUGAUCGUCUUAUCUGCGGUCUGGCGGCGUCCGACGAGAGUGGAAAUGAUCGCUCUCUCCAAGAUAGCCCUGGUGUCUGCGGUGGCGCUGCUGGGGCUGGGCUGGGCGUACCAGGCCACCCGCCCGCCGCCCCCGGCGAUCUUGGGCGCCCCAGGAGGGCCGCCGAUCAGCUCACCUAGAAUCCGGCUGAAAGACGGCCGGCACCUUGCCUACAGGGAGGAAGGAGUGCGCAGGGAGAACGCCAGGUUCAGGAUCGUUUUCAUCCAUGGCUUCUCCUCCACCAAGGAGAGCGGGUUCCCCGUGUCCCAGGAGCUUGUGGAGCAGCUGGGCAUAUACAUGCUCUUCUUCGACAGAGCCGGGUAUGGCGACAGCGACGCCAACCCGAAGCGCUGCCUCAAGAGCGACGCCACGGACGUCGAGGAGCUCGCCGACGCGCUGCAGCUCGGGGACAGGUUCUACGUGGUAGGGUGCUCCGUGGGCGGCUACCCAGCAUGGAGCUGCCUCAAAUACAUUCCCAACAGGCUGGCCGGAGUGGCCCUGGCCGCGCCGGCGGUGAACUACUGGUGGCCGCUGCCUGCUAACGUGUCGAGGGCCGCGUACGGGAGGCUCCACGCCCGGGACCGUAGGACCUUCUGGAUCGCGCACCACGCGCCGGCGCUGCUCCACGCCUGGCUCGCGCAGAAGUGGUUCCGGGUGUCGCCGAUCGUCAGGGCCGAGCGCGACGCGUUCACCGCCAAGGACUGGGAGAUCCUCACCGCGCUCUGGAGGAAGCAGCGCGAGAGCGGCCAGGUGGACCCGGCCAAAGCGACGCAGCAGGGGACCUACGAGUCGCUGUGCCGCGACGCGACGAUCCUGUUCGGCACGUGGGAGUUCGACCCCACGGAGAUCGAGAACCCGUUCCCCGACGGGGAGGGCGGCGUCAGCAUCUGGCAGGGGCGCCAGGACAAGAUCGUCCAGGUGGAGAUCCAGCGGUACGUGGCGCAGAAGCUGCCGUGGGUGCGGUACCACGAGCACCCCGAGGCCGGGCACGCGCUCCCGGACAUGGACGGGAUCGGGGACGAGAUCAUCAGGGAGCUCCUGCUCGGCGAGAGCGAGCUGCACCAGGAGCCCAGGGCGCAGGAUGCCUGAGCCUCAACUGAACGUUGGGAAAGGUCGGUGAAGAGAUUAAACUAGCUACUGUAGUAGAUAGAUACUCGCGUAUAACUGGAGAAUAAACGGUAUUGGCCCCAAGGCAGUGGUUGAUGAACUUCCAGUUGCUGGAUUUUGCUGGCCAGUAGUUUGUCACGCUACUUAUUGGUCCCCACAUAGAUGGGUUAAUUAAGAGACGCUUCAUAGGUGGGUUGAUGAACUCAGAUUCAGCAACCUUCGUGUUUC